AUGCCGUAUUCAUGGUUUCGCUCCUUAUCUUUCUUCUUUCUCUUGGCUUUUAUUUGUACAAAUCAUGCCUUUUCUAAAUCCGAAAACGAUGACUUUUAUUCCAAACACUGUUCAUCUGUGCUUCCUCCUUAUGAUACCACCUCUCAUAUCUUGGACGACUCUCUACCUUUCCUCUCCACACCCUACUUCACCGGCGGCGGCAGCCUUCUACGCUUGGAACCAAACCGGACCUACUACUACGUGCAGAAGAAUCUGAGGCUCCGACUCCAACCGAAUUGCUAUCAAACUACCGCCACCGGCGUCUACAAGGUCGAUGGCUUCCUCUACAUCCGAUCUUCCUACUCCUCCGACGACGUUCAUUCCAAUUACAGCUACAGCGGGUAUAACCGCCGGAGGAAUCGAUCAAACGGAUCCAUCAAGUUUUCGAUGUCCGGAUUCUGGUCCGAAAAAUCGAGGAAGCUCUGUAUGAUCGGAUCUUCUCUGUGGAGAGGCGUCGAUCGUGACGCUGUUCUCAAGCUGAAGUUCGACGACGGCGAGAAUCCGACAGUGUAUACCGGCGUUGUGAGCGGGAGUUUGGAGAGCACAGCUUCUGCAAAUGAUCCGCGCUACUUCGCCCCCAUUCUGUUCUUCAGUUUUCCAGAAGUUUCCAAUUACAAUUACUCGCUGCUCAAGGAAGAGGUCUGGGGAGCGUUUCCGAGUCGGAAAGGCGAGUCACAGAGUCUGGACGCGGCCGAGUUCUGCUCGGUGAUGAGGCGGGGGCUGAGAUCUCUGGAAUUGGAGUAUGUGCCCGAGUGCACGAAGCGACGUUGUUCGCCACUUAGUGAUGGUGAUGGAUUCUUGCCUCGCUUUGUCUCUCUCACUUCAAUUCAAUGUUCUGAGGGAUCCAAAAUGGCGAGGUUCAUCGCAAACUUUUUAAAUUAUUCGAGUUAUGGUUAUAAUUAUGAUAGUUUUGGCGUGGGGUCGACGGUGAUCGGGGAGGCGUCGUGGGAUGAUAAGAGCAAAAGAGUGGUCGGCGUGGCGUGUGAAAUCUUGAAUCCUUCUCAUGAAUUGGGACACGUUGUGGGGAAUUGCACAACCAGGUUGAUCCUCAGGUUCCCUUCUGUCCUCACUGUGAGAAAUGAUGCCAAAAUUGCUGGACAGAUAUGGAGCUCCAAAGGCUACUUCACACAGAUUAAUCUCACCACUAGCCAUGAAAAUCACGUGGUUGCUUUACCGGAGCCGAGAUAUGAAUACACAGUGGUGGAUAGAGCGAGAAAAUCUUGCACCAAAAAGGCAGCCAAGAAGGGGGAGUUGUUUCCUGAUGGGCAGUCCCCAGAUAUGAGAUUUGAUAUGAGCGUCAAAAAUGGCAAAGGCCAAGAAUUGGCAUGGGCAUCUGCUACACCCCUUUGGGUUGGAAAUGAUUCGUACCAAGGUGGUGAAGGCGGCGACAUGCUUUUCGCAGCAGAACCCGUUGGAACGGUGUCUUAUGCGGCGGUUCUAGAACCUGUUCAGAAACAAGUCUCCACCACUUCUUCGCCUACAAAGAUGAGUUACAAAAUAAGGAUCAACCCUUACCUUAUUCUCGGUGACAGCGAUACCAUCUCGAGCAAUAAUAUCACAUCACCAAGUCUCGAUUGGCCGGUGGAUCCUUACGGUGCAGUGGAGAUCACAGCUGAAGGAGUGUAUGAUGCUUCAAAUGGACACCUCUGCAUGGUGGGGUGCAGAAAGCUUCACAACUUGACAUCUAGCACUUUCAAAGACUGCGACGUUAUGGUUGAAUUUAACUUGCCUCCGCUGAAUAGGAAGAGAGGAAGUCUUACAAAGGGGGUCAUUAAAAGCACGCGACUAAAAGAGGAUCCGCUUCACUUUGAUGAUCUCAUACUCCACUCCUAUGCUUACUAUCGCGGAGAAGCUGAGCGAUCCAUAUGGAGGAUGGACUUGGAGAUCGCGAUGGUGUUGAUAUCCAACACGCUCUCCUGCAUCUUCGUGGCUCUGCAAAUCUUCCAUGUCAAGAGGAACCCUGAGGUACCCUCUUCUGUCUCACUCGUCAUGCUUGUAGUACUCUCUGUAGGGCACAUGAUUCCGCUCGUCUUGAACUUUGAGGCCGUGUUUUUGGGAGACCGGGAUAAGAGAACGCUGGAACUUGGUAGUGGCGGAAGGCUUGAAGCUAAUGAAGUUGCAGUUAGGGUGAUCACAAUGGUAGCACUACUGCUGCAACUGCGCCUUUUCCAACUAGUUUGGACUGCAAAACAGAGUGAGGAAAGCUCGUGGAGCGGAGAAAAGAAGGCCGGUUUUGUUUCCUUGAUGUUAUACGUUUUAGGUGCAUUGCUCACUUUACUGUUCAAUUGGAUAAGGAAGACAUAUGUUGGUCGGAGAUAUUCUGUUUGGGGGGAUUUAAGGUCUUAUGCUGGUCUGAUUCUUGAUGGCUUCCUUGUUCCUCAAAUCAUGCUCAAUGUGUUGAGGGGCUCAGCAGAGAAGGCCUUGUCUCAUCCAUUCUACGUUGGGACAAGCGUGGUUCGACUAGUGCCCCAUGCUUAUAACCAGUACAGGGCUCACAACUACCCCAAGUAUGAUCUGAAUGCAACAUACUACUACGCCAAUCCAGCUGCAGACAUGUACUCCACAGCUUGGGACAUCAUAAUCCCUUGCGGGGUUAUCGUGUUGGCUGUGAUUGUGUUUGUGCAGCAGCGGCAUGGUGGCCGCUGCAUUCUUCCUAAGAGAUUGAGGGCUUUGGAGAUGUAUGAAAAAGUGCCUACAGCUGACAAUCACUGA